AGUGGUUGGACUCCGCCCAACUACCAAGAGCCCUGGAACCAGAGCCAUAGCGAAAGAUAAAAGAAAUGGAUGCUACAAAAACUACUAUUGUUUUGCUAAUAGUAACCUUGUCAGUGACUCAUUUUGUUGAUUGUGGAGUCACCCUGAUCACUCCUUCAACACUGGCCAGUUUUCCCAAAGACUUUACUAACUGUAGUGCUAAAGGAGAUAUUGGGAAGGUCCUGAAUUUCUCAUUGAAUUCUUAUGAUUUUAGAAGAGGAGAUACGAUUGUUGGAAACCUGACAUAUUUCUUGUAUCAUGACAUUUCUGGGAAUGUAACACUCUCAGCAUGGGGAAGGCAUGGUGUUGUGCCUUACUUUGGUGAUACUCUGAAUUUAUGUGAUACCAAAGUGAUCUCAUGCCCACUGAAAGCCGGUGAAGGACAUGCAGUCUUCAAGUAUCCACUAGGCCAGUUUCAAUCAAUUGGCUGGUAUGAAGUUCAUCUUGUUGUUUCUGAUGAGAAUAAGACAGAAGUAGCUUGCUUGGACUUCAAACUCGAAAUAAAAGUUUAAAUAGAGCCAUAAUACCUGCAUGCAUGCAUGGCCGGAUUAACAGUUGCAAUUUACGUUUGAAUUAUAACAUUAUUGUAAUUAUUCAUUAAGUGAA